ACUACCCAGAGGACGCGGCCGUCGGGUUCCCGGUGCCGGCGCCAUGAGGCCGUUCUUCGCCCUGUUGCUGCUCCUGGGCCUGGUGGCAGGCUCGCCCCCCUUGGACGACAACAAGAUUCCCAGCUUGUGUCCUGGACAGCCCGGCCUUCCAGGCGCGCCGGGCCAUCACGGCAGCCAGGGUCUGCCUGGGCGCGACGGCCGUGAUGGCCGCGACGGCGCGCCCGGACCUCCUGGCGAGAAAGGCGACGGCGGGAGGCCGGGACUGCCAGGGCCGCGCGGGGAGCCCGGGGCACGGGGAGACACAGGCCCCCCUGGACCCACCGGGCCUGCAGGCGAAUGCGCAGUACCCCCACGCUCUGCCUUCAGCGCCAAGCGCUCAGAGAGCCGGGUGCCUCCGCCCUCUGACGCACCCCUGCCCUUCGAUCGUGUGCUGCUGAAUGAACAGGGCCAUUACGAUGCGGUCACGGGCAAGUUCACCUGCCAGGUGCCAGGGGUCUACUACUUUGCCGUCCAUGCCACCGUCUACCGGGCCAGCCUGCAGUUCGAUUUGGUCAAGAAUGGCGAAUCCAUUGCCUCUUUCUUCCAGUUUUUUGGGGGCUGGCCCAAGCCAGCCUCGCUCUCAGGGGGUGCCAUGGUGAGGUUGGAGCCCGAGGACCAGGUGUGGGUGCAGGUGGGUGUGGGUGAUUACAUUGGCAUCUAUGCCAGCAUCAAGACAGACAGCACUUUCUCUGGAUUUCUGGUAUACUCUGAUUGGCACAACUCCCCAGUCUUUGCUUAGUGCCGGCAGCAAAGUGAGUCAUACCACUCCCUGAGGAGGAAGAGGAGGGUGUGACACUGACAGCCACAUCAUCCAGGAGGGCUGGCCCCUCUGGAGCUGACAUCCUGCUGUGGACAAGGAACGGGGAACCGAGGCUGGCAGCAUGGGGCAGCAGCUGGACUUCUGCCCAAGAACACAGGAGUGGGUUUUGUGCUGCCAAGUCUGGGUGGGUCCCCCAGUUGCUCGGACCCAGGGUCCCAAAGGCAGGGUACUGUCAUUCUUGUCUUCU